AUGAUGGUGGAUAGCAUGGACGCGGCGAGGAUCAUAGACUACUUCAAGGGCAAGUGCAUCCUCGUCACCGGCUCAACAGGCUUUCUUGGAAAGAUUCUUGUGGAGAAGAUAUUGCGGGUGCAGCCUGACGUCCACAAGAUUUACCUUGUUGUACGUGCGAUCGACGAGCCAUCUGCAAAGCAGCGCGUCCAGCAAGAGGUGAUAGACACGGAGCUGUUCGGCCUGCUGAGAGAGAAGCAUGCCAAGGGGUUCCAGCAGUUCGUGGACGAGAAGGUUGUCGCUUUGGCCGGAGACAUCAUAUACGACGGCCUGGGCCUGGAGCCACCCGUGCUGGACGCGCUGACCAAGGACACCGACGUCAUCGUCAACAUCGCAGCAACCACCAACUUCUACGAAAGAUAUGAUGUUUCGCUGGAUGUAAACGUGAUGGGAGUGAAGCACCUGUGCACGUUCGCCAAGCAGUGCGCCAGGCUCAAGCUGCUCAUGCACGUCUCCACUGCGUUCGUCUCGGGCUUCAGGGAGGGCCUGAUCCUGGAGAAGCCCAUCAAGCCCGGCGAUUCGCUGCGCGAGGGCACGUACCUGGACGUGGACACGGAGCUGCGCCUGGUCAAGGAGGUGAAGAAGUCGCUGGCGAUGGCGAACGCCACCAGCGACGGCGACGGUGGCGACGCGCACACCGACAAGAUGACGGAGCGGAAGGCGAUGAAGGAGCUGGGCCUGCAGCGGGCGCGGCACUUCGGGUGGUCCAACACGUACGUGUUCACCAAGGCCAUGGGGGAGGUGGUCCUGGGCCAGCAGCUCCGCCGCGGCGGCGGCAGCGGCGACAGCGACAUCCCCGUGGUGGUGAUGCGGCCCAGCAUCAUCACCAGCGUCCGGGACGACCCGGUGCCCGGGUGGAUGCAGGGCACGCGCACCAUCGACAGCAUCAUCAUCGGCUACGCCAAGCAGAACCUGUCGUGCUUCCUCGCCGACCUCGGCCUCGUCAUGGACGUCAUCCCGGGGGACAUGGUGGUCAACGCCAUGAUGGCCGCCGUGGUGGCGCACUCCGGGGAGAAGGCCGCGCCGCAGGUGGUGUACCAUGUCACCUCGUCGCUGCGCAACCCGGCCACCUACGACGUGCUCUACCAGUCUGGACGCCGACAUUUCUACGAGAACCCGCGCGUUGGGAAGGACGGCAGGGUCAUCCCCACCAGGGAGAUGUACUUCUUCAACACCAUCGCUAGGUUCCACCUCUACAUGAUCCUCACCUACAAGAUACCACUAGAGAUUCUGCACUUGGUGAAUCUGCUGCUCUGUGGGCUCUUCUCACGGCUCUACGACGACCUCAACCGCAAGUACAAGUUUGUGAUGCAUCUCGUUGACGUCUACGGCCCCUUCGCCUUCUUCAAAGGAUGCUUCGAUGACAUGAACAUGGAGCGGCUGAGGCUGACGAUGGCGAUGAAGACCCCUGAGGAUCAAAUGUUCAAUUUCGACCCCAAGACCGUCGACUGGGACGAUUACUUCACCAGAAUCCACAUCCCUGGUAUUCUCAAGUAUUUGUGCAAGUGA